UUGUUCCUUCCACGCUAGUAUCACACAUGGCGAAUGAAGCCAAACCCUGCCCAUGCGAUAUUGGAGACAGGUUUGACCAUGAGGGUCGUGGGCAGGAAGUACAAGUUGGGCACAUCAAGGCGUAUGUUUGCAAACCAUCUGUCAAAUCAGACAAAGCCGUGAUCGUGAUUCAUGAUAUAUUUGGAUGGCAGCUCCCAAACACCAGAUACAUAGCUGAUCUGCUCACCACACAUGGAUACGUAGCCAUCUGCCCAGACUUUUUUGUGGGACAAGAACCUUGGAACCCUUCUAAUGACUGGGCUUCUUUCAAUGAUUGGCUGAAAACUCGUGAUUCCAGCAAAAUAGACAAAGAAAUUGAUGUCGUCUUGAAGUACCUACAGGAACAAUGUGGUGCCAAGAAGAUUGGGGUCAUUGGUUUUUGCUGGGGUGGAGCAGCAGUACAUCAUGUGAUGCUGAAAAACCCUCAUUUAAAGGCUGGGGUGUCCAACUAUGGAGUGAUCAGGUUUUUUGAGGAUGGAUGCAGUUUACUUCAUCCCACUUUCUUCAUUUUUGCUGAAAAAGAUGACUUCAUCCCCCUGGAGCAGGUUACCCAACUGGAGCAGAAGCUUAAAGAAAAGUGUAAAGUAGAUUAUGAGGUUAAAAUUUAUCCUGGUCAGACUCAUGGCUUUGUACAUCGCAAAAGAGAAGAUAUCAAUCCUCAGGAUAAACCUUAUAUUGAGGAAGCAAGAAGGGAUAUGAUUAACUGGCUGAAAAAAUAUAUUUAGCA